ACAGGUCUUAACCCUCAGUCCAAAAGCUUAGACAAUUGACGCUACAGCAGUUCGUAUGAAUUCGGAUUCGCUCUAGAAGAUAUCUGGCACAACCUACGCCUUCGGAGUGUUGGAUCUGUUGUUUGUUUUGGCCGGCCCCCAGUCCUGCAGACGACGCAACAGGCCAGGCACCAAGCAGGGAGGGCAGGGCAAGCGGGAUGUACGGUCGCCCAGCUGUGGCUUGUGAGGUCAAAUUUUGACACUAUUGUGUGAAUCACAUGACGUCAGACGAAAAGCCCCCUCAGUGAAGAUCUCUUACCUUCUUCCAGUUUAGAGGGGUGGUCCCACCGGACGUUACGCAAAAGAUAACUUUACUCCGCCUCCGACGGUGAUAAGGAGUAAAGGGCUCGAAGGGAUUCAGGACUCGCCAUGUCUUCGACUAUCAGUUUCGCUGUACUGACAGUUAGUGAUAGAUGUUCUAAUGGACAAGCGGUUGAUAAAAGUGGACCAAACUUGAAGCUCCUAGUCGAAGAUGGAUCUCUUAUUCCCAAUGCAAGUGUCACCGAGAUGGCUUGUGUACCUGAUGAAGUGGCAGACAUUCAAGCAAAAUUAUUGGCAUGGUGCAAUCAAGGGAUCAAUGUGAUUCUCACUACCGGUGGAACUGGGUUUGCCCCACGAGAUGUGACACCUGAGGCUACACGACAAAUAAUUUUAAAAGAAACUCCAGCUAUUUCGAUGGCAAUGAUGAAGUACAGUUUGGAAGUGGCAUUUCCCCAUGCCAUGCUGUCCAGGUCUAUAAGCGGAAUUAGAGACAGAACCUUAAUCAUUAAUCUACCAGGUAGCUUAAAAGGGGCAGCAGAAUGCCUGAGUUCUAUUAGUCCCUGCUUAACACAUGCAGUGGCACUUCUGUCUGAUAAUUCUUUGGAAGUGGGUGCCACUCAUAAACUGAUACAAUCAUCUGAACCACAAAUAAAAACUGUUAGCAAGCCAAACCAGCAUUCACAAAGUGGCUGUGGAAAACAUGAUCACCACCACCAGCAUCACCACCACCACAAGCACCACCGUCACCUUCACGAGAACAACCACCUAGAAAGUAAAGUUGACGCUCAUAAGAUUGCUGAACGGUCACGGCACUCACCCUACCCAAUGAUGGAUGUAGCAGUAGCUCAACUCAAGGUUCUAAGUGCUGCAAGUUUGCUUGGAACAGAAAAAUUGUACUUCAGGGAAGCACUAGGACAGGUCCUUGCUCAAGACGUUUAUGCUAAAGACCCUCUACCACCAUUUCCUGCCUCAAUCAAGGAUGGAUAUGCUGUUAUAGCUGCAGACGGUUCUGGUAAGAGAGCAGUUCUUGGUUCAUCAGCGGCCGGACAAGUGCCGGGUGGGGUUCCUCUGCAGAGCAAUCAGUGUGUUCGUAUCACAACCGGAGCCGCGGUGCCACCUGGAGCGGACAGUGUGGUCCAGGUGGAAGACACUCAUUUGGUACAUGCGUCAGCUGAUAACACUGAAGAGCUGGAGAUAAACAUAAUGAAAAUUCCUAAAGUUGGAGAGGAUAUCAGACCAGUAGGUAGUGAUAUACAAGAAGGACAGUUGGUUCUGGCUUCAGGAAGCGUUUUGGGACCAGCUGAGCUUGGACUACUGGCUACUGUAGGAGUGACAUCAGUUUUGGUCUACAGGUCGCCUAAAGUUGCUGUACUUUCAACUGGCAAUGAACUCCAAGAUCCCAAAGAGGGGGAGCCUCUGAAGGCUGGUCACAUUAGGGACUCCAACAAAACCACUCUCCUGGCCCUGCUUCAACAACACGGAUUCUCUGCUGUGGACAUGGGCAUUGCUCCUGAUGAACCGCAAGCACUAUUAGAUGCACUACAGAAAAGUUUGGCGUAUGCUGAUGUAGUUGUCACAACUGGUGGUGUGUCUAUGGGAGAAAGAGAUCUACUGAAAAAUAUCUUGACAACUGAUUUGAAUGCAACACUACAUUUUGGACGAAUCAACAUGAAGCCAGGGAAACCCACUACAUUCGCAACUUGUGACUAUUCGGGUAAAAAACGCUUGGUUUUUGGUUUACCUGGAAAUCCUGUCUCUGCAACUGUGACAAGUCACCUAUUUGUGCUGCCAGCAUUGAGAAAAAUAUGUGGAUAUUCCAACCCAAUGCCACCAACCAUCAAAGCUACGAUCACUGAGGAGCUCCAUUUAGAUCCACGCCCAGAAUAUCAUAGAGCUGUUUUAAAAUGGGUUCCUGGAGAAGCUAUACCUACAGUGAUUAGUACAGGAAAUCAGCUGAGCAGCAGGCUAUUGAGCUUUUUAAGUUCUAACUGCUUCAUUAUUCUGCCAUCCUCAGACCAAUUCUGCAUUUUACCAGCAGGGUCAUUGGUUGAUGUUGUUCUUCUAAAAAUGCUGUAAACUUGUACUACGGUACAAUUGAAAGGAUAAAUACCUGUGAGCCUAACCUGCAUAUUAAACACUGCCAGCAUGCAAACCACAUCUUUUUAUAAAUCUCUUUAAACUGAUUUUCCUGAAAUCAGAAAAAAGAGUGAGAUUACCCAGGGUUGAAGACUGAUAAAAUUUGCUUGUAGUUUAGUAGUAUCAUGUACUGUAUUUUGAUUCUCUAACAUUUUCUUGAAACUAUAUAGUUCUUAGUGCAUAUGUAACAGAAAGACCAAUUUUGUUUGAUAGACAAUAUACAAUGUAAAUGUAUCUUCAUGUUAUAUGUAGAACAAUAAUAUUGUGUUACCCAA